UCGGGCUGCCGCGCGUCGCGCCGCCCCAGACCGCCGCGGGGCUCCGGCUCCCGCAACUUCGGGCGAAGCGGAGACGGGUCCGGGCGCCCUCUCGGGGCCACUUUUCCGCGCGGGCGUCGGGGGCUCCCCGGGCUUCGCUCGGCCAGGAGGGCGGCGGUCGCGGUCGAGAACGUGCCCUGGCCGCAGCCGGGAGCCCCUCGGAUCCGCGAGGCGCCACGCCUCGAAGGGCGGCGGGGUGCCCUGCGCUCGGCGUCAGGCAAGGGGGCGCCCUUCGCCGGCCCGGACCGGAGCGGGCGCGCCCUGGGGCGAGUUGGCCGAGAGAUGGCUUCGAAGCAGCGGUGAGCCCCCCGCGCCCUCAACAUGCAGAAGAGCGUGCGCUACAACGAGGGGCACGCCCUGUACCUGGCCUUCCUGGCCCGAAAGGAGGGCACCAAGCGCGGCUUCCUGAGCAAGAAGGCUGCCGAGGCGAGCCGCUGGCACGAGAAGUGGUUCGCUCUCUACCAGAAUGUGCUCUUCUACUUCGAGGGCGAGCAGAGCGGCCGCCCGGCGGGCAUGUAUCUCCUGGAGGGCUGCAGCUGCGAGCGGACGCCCGCGCCGCCCAGGGCCGGGGUCGGGCCGGCCGGCGCCCGGGACGCGCUGGACAAGCAGUAUUACUUUACCGUUCUUUUUGGCCAUGAAGGUCAGAAACCCCUGGAGUUGCGCUGUGAGGAGGAACAGGAUGGUAAAGAGUGGAUGGAGGCCAUUCACCAAGCCAGGUAUGGGCUCAGAUCCUCUGCGCAAAAUUCCAGCUGGGGCACAUCUUCUUUUCCUUCCUCUGACAUGCCCCCUGCUUCUCGGAAGUGCCCAUUCCUGCCUCUAACCACCCCUGACCCUGAAACUCCUCGGACAAGUUGCCCUCAUAGGCCCCUUCUCCACAUGGCUGCGGUGCUUGCAGUAGUACACAGUAUAGUCCCCUGUACACAUAUACUCAGUCACUCAAGCCAGCAGGAUGCCAUCCUGUACCCUCUGCCCUCACUGCUCACGUCCAUUCAGCCAGAUGUGGAUUUGAACCCUGGAACAUCUGGUCUCUAUUCCUGUGCCGACAGUGGUUGCCUGGCUUACUGCUCAGCCACCUCACCUGUCUCUCUUCUAAGUUUGCCUCCUAAUCCAUCCUCCACAGGGGACCAGAGUGCCUUUCUGAAAAGAACAUACGUGCCUGGUAGAACUCCAGGCUUUAAGGACUCAGUGGACUUCUUUGACAAAGAAGUGACUAGAUUAUAUUAUUUUUCAAUUUUUUAUAGUGAAACAAUUAUGUUUCUUCAUGAAAUAUUUCAUCAAGGACUGAAGGCAAGGAUAGCAAACUGGCCUACCUUAAUUUUAGCUGAUCUGUUUGAUAUUUUGCUCCCCAUGUUGAACAUUUAUCAAGAAUUUGUGCGUAAUCACCAGUACAGCCUCCAAGUGCUUGCCAAUUGUAAGCAAAACCGAGAUUUCGACAAACUCUUAAAACAGUACGAAGCCAACCCUGCGUGUGAGGGGAGGAUGCUGGAAACAUUCUUGACCUAUCCAAUGUUCCAGAUCCCCAGGUAUAUCAUCACACUUCACGAACUCCUAGCUCAUACACCCCAUGAGCAUGUGGAAAGGAAAAGUCUGGAGUUUGCUAAGUCAAAACUAGAGGAACUGUCCAGGAUAAUGCAUGAUGAAGUGAGUGACACUGAAAACAUAAGGAAGAACCUUGCCAUAGAAAGAAUGAUCGUAGAGGGUUGUGAUAUUUUGCUGGACACAAGCCAAACUUUUAUCCGCCAAGGUUCUCUUAUUCAAGUACCUUCUGUUGAGAGGGGGAAACUUAGUAAAGUUCGCCUGGGUUCACUGUCUUUGAAAAAGGAAGGAGAAAGACAGUGCUUCUUAUUUACAAAACACUUUUUAAUUUGUACAAGAAGCUCAGGAGGAAAGCUGCAUCUGCUCAAGACAGGUGGGGUUCUCUCUCUAAUAGAAUGUACUUUGAUUGAGGAGCCCGAUGCAAGUGAUGAUGACUCCAAAGGUUCUGGACAAGUGUUUGGACAUCUAGAUUUUAAAAUAGUGGUGGAGCCUCCUGAUGCUGCCCCAUUCACUGUAGUCCUGUUGGCACCUUCACGUCAGGAGAAAGCUGCCUGGACGAGUGACAUAAGUCAGUGUGUGGACAAUAUACGGUGUAAUGGUUUAAUGACUAUAGUAUUUGAAGAGAAUUCCAAAGUUACUGUGCCACAUAUGAUUAAGUCUGAUGCCCGUCUUCAUAAAGAUGACACCGACAUUUGCUUUAGUAAAACACUCAACUCCUGCAAAGUGCCCCAGAUCCGCUAUGCCAGCGUGGAGCGCCUUCUGGAGCGGCUGACAGACUUGCGGUUUCUUAGUAUUGAUUUCCUCAAUACCUUUCUGCACACCUAUCGUAUUUUCACUACGGCAGCUGUGGUGCUGGCGAAACUUUCCGACAUAUACAAGAGGCCUUUUACCUCCAUCCCCGUCAGGUCAUUAGAAUUGUUUUUCGCUACCAGCCAGAACAGUAGAGGUGAACAUUUGGUAGAUGGCAAAUCCCCACGCCUGUGUCGCAAAUUCUCUUCCCCACCACCACUGGCUGUGUCCAGGACGUCCUCCCCAGUGAGGGCCAGAAAGCUGUCCUUGACUUCUCCAUUGAACUCAAGGAUAGGAGCAUUGGACCUGACCACCUGCUCAGCGUCCAGCAGCCCUACCACCACCCACAGCCCUGCUGCAUCCCCACCGCCGCACACUGGUAAAGUACCGUUGGAUCUUAGCAGAGGCCUUCCUUCUCCAGAACAAAGCCCGGGAUCUGUAGAAGAGCAUGUAGAUAAUCCCCGCGUGGAUCUGUGUAACAAGCUAAAACGAAGUAUUCAAAGAGCUGUCCUAGAGUCUGCACCAGUGGACCGAGCAGGAGUGGAAAGCUCCCCGGUGGCGGACAGCUCAGAACUUUCACCUUGCCGGUCACCCUCAACUCCUCAGCACCUCCGCUAUCGUCAGCCUGUAGGACAGACGGCUGACAACUCUCACUGCUCAGUUUCGCCUGCUUCUGCCUUUGCAAUUGCCACAGCGGCUGCAGGACACGGGAGUCCACCAGGAUUCAACAACACUGAGAGAACAUGCGACAAAGAGUUUAUUAUUCGGAGAACAGCCACCAAUCGAGUACUGAAUGUCCUCCGUCACUGGGUCUCAAAGCACGCGCAGGAUUUUGAGCUCAACAAUGAACUAAAAAUGAAUGUCCUAAAUUUGCUAGAAGAAGUUUUGCGAGACCCAGACCUUCUUCCCCAAGAAAGGAAAGCCACGGCGAAUAUUCUGAGGGCCCUUUCACAAGAUGAUCAAGAUGACAUCCACCUAAAAUUAGAGGAUAUAAUUCAACUGACAGACUGUCCGAAGGCUGAGUGCUUUGAGACCUUGUCAGCCAUGGAGCUGGCUGAGCAGAUCACCCUCCUGGACCACAUCAUUUUCAGAAGCAUUCCCUACGAAGAAUUUCUUGGGCAGGGGUGGAUGAAGCUGGAUAAAAAUGAAAGAACACCUUACAUUAUGAAAACCAGCCAGCACUUCAAUGAUAUGAGCAACCUGGUGGCCUCCCAGAUAAUGAAUUAUGCCGAUAUCAGCUCCCGUGCCAACGCAAUAGAGAAGUGGGUGGCAGUGGCGGACAUUUGCCGAUGCCUGCACAACUACAAUGGCGUGCUGGAGAUCACCUCGGCCUUAAACCGAAGUGCCAUCUAUAGGCUGAAGAAAACCUGGGCCAAGGUGUCCAAGCAGACAAAAGCUCUAAUGGACAAACUUCAGAAGACUGUUUCAUCUGAAGGAAGAUUUAAAAAUCUCAGAGAAACCCUUAAAAACUGUAACCCCCCAGCUGUUCCUUAUCUGGGGAUGUACCUGACAGACCUAGCAUUUAUUGAAGAAGGAACACCAAACUUUACUGAGGAAGGCCUUGUCAAUUUCUCCAAAAUGAGAAUGAUAUCACACAUCAUCAGAGAGAUACGCCAGUUCCAGCAGACUUGCUAUCGAAUAGACCAUCAGUCAAAGGUGACUCAGUACCUGCUUGACAAAGCCCUCAUCAUAGAUGAAGAUACGCUGUAUGAACUGUCACUAAAAAUUGAACCUCGGCUCCCUGCUUGAAGAUCUGGCCUUGCCCCUGACUCCGUAGAAUUCUCAUGGAAAGUGGGACGGACAGAACUGAGCCAUGCAUGCCAUGCCUCCCACCGUGCAGUGUGGACCAGGGAUAGAGACAAAGCCAGUCUCCUUUGUCCACUGAAGAAGAUGGAACCCAACUGGAAUUCUGUCUCCAGCCAGGGAAGCCCAGCUGUUUGGGGUCAAAGACAGAUGCUUCAGACUUGGGUGGGAAGGUGAAAAGACUGAUCCUUAGCAAAGCUGAUGGUGCAUUUUUCAUAAGGGAAUGUAAUAUAGGAGAUGCUGGUAGCCAUUGUAAUGAAGCAGGUAAGAAGGUAGAUUUCAAAGUUUGCCCGUGUUCUGUUAGAACUUGGGGACAAAGAUCUGUGGAAAAAGGCCUGAGCUGCUUGUCUGGCACUUUACUGGCUUGGGUACAACUACCAACUUUCUCCUAGGGUUUAACUGCUUCUGUUAUGUUUUCUUUGUUAUAAGCUUCCAGAAAAGCUGAGGCUUCCUCUUCAGGGAUGGACCACCACACGAGCAAUUUCAGUGUACAAGCAUGUGCAUGGUUUUCAGUGCAUUCUAAAUAUUUACAUUGGAGGGAUGGCAUGUUCUGAAACUGCUUUUUUGGUUUUUAGGCAACAGGAUAGGAAAGACGUGAUGAAAGUCAAGUGAAUGCAACUUAAAAAAAAAAAACCAAAAAACAACUCAAUAGGCUUUGCCCGUGGUUCCUGCCUGGCAGCUGACUUCAGGUGGGGCGGGGCUUCCUCCCGAGGCUGUGGUGCCCAAGAAGCCAGUGCCCUCAGAGAGGCAGGUGCGGAGUUUGCAAAAAGGUGCCUGCACACCUCCCCAAGAACGCUGUGGGAUAGGACAGAGGGCCACCAAGCGCUGUGGGGGUUUUAGGCUGAGCGAUCAGAUAUCCUUGAAAAUUAUCACCUUGCUGUGCUUGUUCCCCACCACCCUCCCCGCAGUAAUGUGGGGACUUUUUCUGAUUUAUACAAACCAUUUUUUGGCUCACUAUGAAUACUGGCUGUGUUUUUAAAACGUUGUGUAAUGGGAUCUUCUUUUUAAAACCCACACUUCUGUGUGCUGUUGGUAGAAGUUCUUCCCCGGUCAUCUUUGUUUUUAACUUUAGGGAUAUUUAUGACUGAAAGUACUGGAAGUGUAUGGGAAAUGGGACCAACCACUCAACAGCUCUUAUAUCAGAAAACUAAGGGCAGGACUUAGUUCUUCUGUCAUGUGCUGGGGAAGUGACCUUACUCUUCCCAGGAUUGUUGGUUGUUGAAGAAAUAGGGCUAUCUCAUGUUUACCUCCCUCUUCUCUUCUCAGGGAGAUCUCUGCUUUAAAAGAAGAAAAGAGAAAAAGAUACAGAGUUAUUGUUACCUGAGCCUAUUGCACCUGACAUUUUCUCUUAGAGGCAUGAAGUAUGUUAAUGCUGACCAUGAAAAAACUGAUCUAUCUAGCUGCUUUCCUUCCUUCUUUGCACUUUAAUUAUGUUGUUAUAACUGAUGGCUGACUAAUAAAUUCAACUUGCUGGCUCAUAAGACCCAGUGGAAAUUCUAGCCUUCAUAAUGUACCAUAGAGGUGGAGAAUGUAUAUUUUUCCUGCAUGGUAAGCGCCAUCUCUGUACAUAGCUCUAUAGUGAAAUACCAAGUAAGCAAAAGAAAAUAUUUAUAAUAUUUGAAGACCAUUCCAAAAAUAUUUUCAAUAGCUCAUAUUAGCCAACAGUGUAGCACUAAACCCAAGGAGGGUUAUUUAUGGAUGCUUUAUUUUUCUUUUUUUGAAAAGCUGCUUGUCUGUUCUCUUUAGUUUCAAAUAAGAGGUUGAUGCACCUUGAUGCAUGAUAAGCAUGGGUUGUUUGGAUCCUAACAAUGCAUAUCUUGCAAUUUAUUUCUCAGUGUUCAAAAACUGAGCAUUCGAACUAAUACAUGUCAAUUGCACCAAGCACCUCAAAGUCUUGCAGAAGAAAAGGAAAAUAAAGGUUAACUUUCUUGGCUCAAAACCAGUCUUGGAAGGUGGACUAAACCAGGAAAAAUCCGUGACAGGACCACACGCAUAGUAGUUUCAGGCAAAACAACAUGUGGAAACAUCCAUGCGGUCUGCUUUGAGGUCCCCAGAGUCUUCCAGAGGGGAAGAGGUCACUCUGUGUGCACUUCCCCGGGGAAGUUUGGACCCUUAUUUCCCUGACCCAGAUGUUCCUGAGGCACUGCAGCCAAUCUUACUAAAGAAAAAUGGGAGCUAGAGGAAUUUCCAAAGGCUCCUCCCCUUUUGGAGAGCUGUGGUUUCCUCAACGAAUGACAAAGCUUUCUCGCCUAUUUCCUGCAGAAUGUUGGAAGCGCCCCCUAGUGGUCAUCCACGGGCACUGUCAACUGCUAUGGUGACCCUUAGCGUUUUACUGAGUUAUGCGUCCUUCCUGCUUUCUGGAGCCUGAAGCCUUUGCUGGAGCUGCGAAAGUGAGGACUCCACCUCCAAGGAGCUCCUUUUCAUGACCUGUACCAUUUCUGGACCAUCUGGGAAAAGAACGUGCAUUUUAAAAACCUCACUUUGGUCACGUUUAAAAUCCCCAAGAGCAGUUUGCAGUGCUUCUUCCGAUUGUUAAAGCACUCAUCCUCUUCUGCCUUGCAAGCUUUGUAUUUAUUGUUAGAGUGUGCACUCCCAGCUGUGUCUGCCUAUAUUCCAUUAUAUGAGACCCAUUUCUAAGAGUAGAAGGCAGGUCAGCCUCUCACAACCAAAUAGCAAACCCUUGAAUUGUUACCAAAUUAACCUAGAAAAUCAGAAGUAAAAGCCAAUUUCAUGCUUUCAGAUGAAUACCCGCAUUUUGUACUGUCUAUGAAAUUAUCUUGGGGCUUUUAGGGGAUGCCUUCGGUUAUUAACUAAGACAUCCACUUUUGCUGCAGGGACAAAUCUCUUACUUAAGCCAGUAUAUUAUGUGACAGACUUAGGCAUGAAGUAGAACGUUGUCACUUGUCCUUAGUGUUUCUCUGAAGGAAUUUAAAGGGAGAAUUUUAAACUACUGUUGCAAUAGUUUUGAGUGGCUCUCACACAAAGCCCCCAUUACUUUGUUAGAUUUCAUACAUGUUAAAGUACUGCUUAAAAACAAAUGAAACUCAUAGAUACUGAAUAACUUGGAAGAGAAAAAUCCAUCACAUUCCAAUUUGGAGUAUAUGAUGAGGGAUCAGUUCCUCUUCUCUCACAAAACUUUGGGUUGGUAAUGACUGGGCCACUUUUAAAUUCUUAACUGAAAAGAGUAAUACAAUAGAGGGGUUAUUCCACCCCCCUGCCAAAUCAAUGUUUAUUUUAAAAUAAAGGAUUUUAUUUAGAUUUCUUUUCAAAGUUUGAUUUUAUCCCCCCUGAAAAAAUGAUUCUCUUUGCUUUAAAUAUUUUUUUAAUCUAACCUGUGAAGUUUCCCAUUUUUACUACUUUUGAAGUGGGGUAUAUUAUAUAUGGGAUAUAUAUUAUGUGGGAUAAAUAAUACAUUAUUUAUGACUAAAGAAUAGAGCCAGAACAGAGCCAGGCUAAUGCCCACAGCCAGAAGGAAUAAAUGAACAAGAUUCAUUUUCAUUUCAAUAAGAUACCAGACUGUAAGUUUAGAUAAUGACUGAUUACAGAUGCCACUACAUGAAUCCUGAUAAGACUUGGGUCAAUGAAAUCUAAUCAUAGUGUCAUUUUUCCAUGGCUGUGAGUAACUUAAAAUUAAGGCAGGGCAAAGCUAAAGUAGAAAACCAUUUUGUUGUACGUAUAAACACAUGGAUGAUUCAGAAAAGUAUUCAUCUUGGCUACCACACAGCAUGACAUUAACAUUAGGUUGAUUGUACUUGACCUCAUCUGCUCAAGAAAAAGAAUAGUUCUACUUGAUAUUGAACCAGUGUCUUUUGCACAGCCCAUUUUGUCUAUCCCUAGAAAGUCAGUAGUAAAAGAGCUGGACGAGGUGCCCUAGCCCUGAGUCCUAGGCCCAGAUCUACAUCUGCAAGCUGGGCGACCUUAGGCCAGCGCCGAAGCCUUCUUGAGCCUCAGUUUCCUCAUCUGCAAAAUGAGCUAAGAGUGAAUCCUGUGCUGCCUACCUCACAGGGCUGUCAUCAGGACAAAAUGGGUUCGACUGUAAUCUGUAAAGUGCUGUCCAAAUGUGAGGCAACAUGAUUACCAUCCUCAUCUCUCUUUGGCAAAGAAUUAUUUAAAUGUAUUUCUUUCUUAUUUGUGUGUGCAAGCGUGAUGGACAGACCCAUGUGUUACUUUGAGAAGUGUAUUGUUUGUGUCCAGUAACUUUGCAAAUCUGCUGCCAUUUGUGAUUCUAACAGAGGGGUUUGUGAUGUGUCCUAACACUUGCCAGGUGGGGUGUGGGUUACACCUAUAUGCAAAUUAAAUUUCACCUUUCUCGAUUCUCAAAAAUCUCAUGAGUCUCUUCAUUUGAUUCUUUUUGCAUUUUUCUACCUAGUCUUCUUUGUAGCAAUGUGCUUCUUCAGAUAUUCUUUUAC